AUUGGCUGUCGUUCUUCCUGUUCCGUUUCCAGCUUGUCUGUACUGGGAAAAUCCGUAUUUGUCAACUAGGUAACCUGUGAUCAUGGCGUCUGUUGAUCCCUAUCCCAUGUCCUCCAUCGUAGAUGACUUCAACUAUGGGUCCAAUGUCGCCUCGGCCAGUAUUCAUAUCCGUAUGGAUUUUCUACGGAAGGUCUAUUCGAUUUUGUCUGUACAGAUUAUUCUGACCACAGUGACAGCUGCAGUAUUCCUCUAUUUUGAGCCAAUCAAGACCUUUGUUCAUGAAAGCCCUGCUUUACUUUUAAUAUGUGCCAUUGGAUCACUAGGUACAAUUAUCGCCUUGACCAUCUACAGGCAUCAACAUCCAGUGAACCUGUAUCUGUUAUUUGGUUUUACUUUACUGGAAGCUGUUACUGUUGGUAUUGCAGUGACAUUCUAUGAGGUGGCUGUGGUUCUACAGGCAUUUAUACUGACUGGUGCUGUGUUCCUUGGCCUUACUGCAUACACUUUCCAGACCAAGAAAGACUUCAGCAAGUUUGGGGCUGGGCUCUUUGCUGGGUUAUGGAUUUUGAUCCUUGCCGGAUUCCUUAGGUUUUUCUUCUACAGUGAGACGAUGGAGAUUGUGUUAGCUGCUGGAGGAGCUUUGCUAUUUUGUGGAUUCAUCAUCUAUGAUACUCACAUGCUGAUGCACAAAUUGUCCCCAGAAGAACACAUUAUCGCUUCCAUCAACCUCUAUCUUGAUGUGAUCAAUCUCUUCCUUCACCUUUUACGCUUACUAGAAGCCAUAAACCGAAAAUAACUUGCAGUACUCUUUUAUUCUUAGGAUUAAAACUCAAUUCAAAUAAUGCAGUUUUAAUGAUUCCAUUCGUAUUUAGCCAAACGUGCUGUUUUAUCAGUGUUCUUCCUAAUAGAGGAUAUUUAUUGCAACUUCUUCGGGAUAAAACAGACAAGAUUGCACAAGAGUAGUAAACAAAGGAGUUAAAUAUAUCAUCUUGAAAGCAUCACAAUGCAUUCAAUCAACCUAGUUUCAGUUUAUACCUCCUAGGCGAUUUUGCACUUUUCCUACUGCAGCUGUACUGCAAUACAACUAUAUUCAUGGUGGAGUGGAAAUUAUACUCUAACAUUUUUCUGCUUAUUUGUAUUAUGUUCUGUUGUGUGAAUAGCAGUAUAUUUCCCAGGAUGUUUAAUGGGCUUAAUUUGCAUAACGGACUGUAUUGGCAUUUAAGUCCACCCAGAAAUGAGAACUACAUUUUGGAUGGCUGAAGUUUUAAUUAGCUGCUGGCUUCCUGAGAAUCGCACUGGGAACAGAUCCUUUGGCCUUAUGGCCAGCAGUGUUUAAAGCACUCCAGUGUAGAAACUUGCAGCCCUCAAAACCAAAAUGCCUACCAUUUUAACUUCUGAAGACAAACCUUACUUUGACACACAGGGGCUUCUGCUCUGAAGAAUUAUGUACAAUGUGCUUCUAUCACUACAAUAAAUUAAGCUUAAUGAUACUGUGAAAA